AAGAUGGCCAGGAGACUCGCCACCUUCCUCAAGGAUGCCUGGGCCAAGGAGCCGGUGCUGGUCGUGUCCUUCACCAUAGGGGGCCUCACUCUAAUUCUGCCCACCCUCAGCCCCUUCACCAAAUACGCCACCAUGAUCAACCAGGCCACGCCCUACAACUAUCCAGUGCCCCUCCAAGAUAAUGGGAACAUGCCUAACGUGUCCAGCCACCCCCAGGACCCCCAGGGCGCAAGCUUGGAGUGGCUGAAGAACGUGUGAGCACCCCCGGUUAC